AUGUACAAAGCAGCUAUGAGGGCUGCACAAAAUUUAAUAGAAAUAGAUGAUGAACCGCCGGCCGCACCGCCAGCCGCACCGCCAACCGAGCCACCGGACGCACCACCGGCCGCACCAUCGGCCGCACCGCUAUCCGCACCGCCGGAUGCAUCUUCGGCCGCACCUUCGGCCGCACCGCCGGCCGCACCGCCGGCUGCACCUUCGGCCGCACCGCCAGCUGCAACUUCGGCCGCACCUUCGGCCGCACCGCCAGCCGCACCGCCGGCCGCACCACCGGCCGCACCACCAGCUGCACCGCCGGCCGAACCGCCAGCCGUACCAUCGGCCGCAGAAACCAAACUUAAAGCAGCACCGGGCCCUGUUGAUACCGCCAGGACACCGGUGCUGCGUGUGCCCCUGAGCCAGGCAGCGGAAGCAUCGCUGCGGAGGGGCCUUGAGCACCUCCACGCGAGCCGCUACCCAGCCCAGGGUCAAACUCCCCGCUCGAGCGAGCUUCGCAGCGGCGGCGACCGGGCACUGCACUAUGACAGAGCCCUGCCCCCGCCGACUGCGCACCACUCGACCCACCCUGAGGUCCGCCACGAAGCAUGA